AUGAGAGCCUCCGGGAGGCGGGCCACGCCGCCACCGGCCUUGACUAGGUUCCCGCUGGCUUCAGACUAUUCAGGCCAUCGGGGGUUCUGGCUGCGGGGUGAGGGCACGGAGCUCCACUCGGGACGCCGGGGAGCGCGAGAGCGUCGUAGAGUUGAUCGGAUCUUGAGACCCCGCUUGGGCAGUGGGGUCCCACUGCCUCCCCAGUCUCCCUGGUCCGAGGAGGGUGGUCGGCAGCGUGGCCCCCCAUCCUGUAGGGCUGGGGACCUGGGCCCAAGAGGGGACUCACAGUGGUUUCCCCUGCGAGGCAUCAAAGACUACUCCAACUGGCCCACCAUCCCGCAGGUGUACCUCAACGGCGAGUUCGUGGGGGGCUGUGACAUCCUUCUGCAGAUGCACCAGAAUGGGGACCUGGUGGAGGAACUGAAAAAGCUGGGGAUUCGCUCCGCCCUUUUAGAUGAAAAGAAGGAUGAAGACUCCAAGUGACCGCCACCACGGGGGCCUUGUCGCAGAGACACUGCGCUGCCAGAAAAGCCUUACCCCACUGUCCCUGCUGGGGCUGCUCAAGCUGGUUCUCCUGCUCGGAAGCCAAGGCUGCGGGUGAUUUCAGUUUGUCAGGUUUUGGGGCUUAGUAUCCUAUUGUGAACUUCAUGACAACCACUGCACUGUAACAAUUCAUGUCGUAUUAUGAUAUUGCUGUAACAGAA